UGAGUGAUUGUUUAGUAAGGGUGAGGCUAAAGUACGCCUACGCCUACAAUUUGGAUAUAAAAUAAAAUAAGCAUAUUCUCUUUCAUUCUUUGGAAAACGUCAUUUUCGUACUUUGUCUUCUUGCAAUCAAAUUGAAAAGGUAAUGGAUCUGUGUGUGAAGAACCUUUUCCCCGCAAAUUCGUUUUGCGGAACACGAAGGUCUUGUAAUUCAUUUUACGAGAUCACACUUUCCACUAAACAACACUAUCGCCCUUUUCUUCUCACUGCUUCCGCCAAGAACAACUCUUCUUCUUCUUCUUCUGGUAAUGGUGAACCGUCUAUUCCAGGCAAUAAUGACGGUGAUAAAUCAAAUAACAACUCUCAGAAGCGACAUCAGAUUAAUUUGGAUUGGCGUGACUUCAGAGCAAAACUGUAUAGAGAUGAGCUGAAAGAAAUAGAAGAUACUGACACACAAAAACAAGGUGGGACAAUACACAAUUCUAAACCUCUUGGAACAAAGUGGGCUCAUCCUAUUCCUGGACCUGAGACUGGCUGUGUACUUGUGGCUACCGAAAAGCUUGAUGGUGUUCGCACAUUUGAAAGAACUGUUGUUCUCCUUCUCAGAUCUGGAACUAGACAGUCACAAGAAGGGCCUUUUGGAAUUGUCAUCAACCGUCCUCUUCACAAAAAGAUUAAAAACAUAAGACCUACAAAUCAGGAUUUAACAACCUCCUUUUCUGACUGUUCUCUGCAUUUUGGUGGACCUCUUGAGGCAAGCAUGUUUUUGCUAAAAUCAGGGGAGAAGUUGAAGGUUCCAGGAUUUGAAGAGGUAGUCCCUGGACUGUAUUUUGGAGCUCGAAACAGUUUGGAUGAUGCAUCAAGGCUUGUGAAGAAAGGGAUUAUCAAGCCUCAUGAUUUCAGUUUCUUUAUUGGUUAUGCUGGAUGGCAAAUAGAUCAGUUGAGAGAUGAGAUUGAGUCAGAGUAUUGGCAUGUUGCUGCAUGUAGCUCAAGUUUGCUGUGUGAGGCUAUGACAGAGUCUUCUGAAGGUAUAUGGGAGGAGAUUUUGGAACUGAUGGGUGGUGAUUACGCAGAAUGGAGCCGGAAGCCAAAGCAAGAAGACACAUAGGUACCCCUAAUAUAUAUGGUUUCAGAUUUAGAGACAAAAAUUGGUGCACGUAAAAUGGUGUUAUUACAAAGCAAUGUGCAGUGAAAAUUUGCUUUAAUGUCAAAUAAGUAGGUAAUUUAGCCUCCCAUUCUGCUUCUGCUUUUAUUGUUCUUUGUUCAUCAUAAGAAGAAUGGUACUUGUUGUAGUUAUGCUUGAUUGUAGAUGCAUGUGAUGUAAGUAUUUAGCUUUCUGUUA